GUCGAGGGCCAAAGUCAGUUAGUCGAAAUCCCGACUGUGCUAAUCAUGUCGAGCGAGACCCCGACGCCGGACAUGGCUGCCGACGAGUCGCGGCCCGAGUACGAGCGGGUCGAGAAGAAGUCGCAGGUGUGGAAGUACAUCUACAAGCUCAAGAACGGACCCGAGCCCAACCGCCGGGGCACGCUCUGCGCCUACGUGUGCAAGCUCUGCGCCGACAACCCCAAGACGCCGUUCCAAGACGCACUGAUUGCGAUCCACAACGACAACACAUCGAACGGCACGUCGCAUCUUCGCAGCCACCACAGUACCAUCCAUCGAUCGCUCUUCGCCUCGGCGAGCAAGAAGCCGUCGCCGCAGGCCGGCACGCCCAAGCGCGAGAAGAAGGCGGUCUUGAAGAAGGAGCCGGUCGCCGCGGCGCUUCGGCCAAUGCCCAUCGAGACGGGCAACGGCUUCAAGCGCAUCCUCGUGACGGGCGGCGCCGGCUUCCUCGGCCUGCACCUCUGCCGCCGCCUCCUCGAGAU